AUGGAACUGUCUGAAGACAUUAACAAUCUUUCUGUAACAAAAAAUGAAGAGAAUGUUCAAGAGAGACAAGAGCACCAAUACAGCACACUGAAUUCAGAGCGCCUCGAAAGUUCGUUAGAUGAUCAUGAUAAACUACCUUGUGGUGAAUCAGGCAAGUGGAAAUAUAUUCGUAUGUAUCAAGAAAGAGCUCGCCGCAGGGAAGCAAGAGCACGAAAUCGAAGAAGACGAGAAAGGGAAGAGCGAUCUGGUCGUAAAUCUGGAAGGAGAAGCAAGAGAAAGAAAUCUUCAAAGAAACGAAGGAUAUCCAGAAAACGAAGAUCCUCAAAGAAAGGAACACAGCGCAAAAGUUCUACUGGUCGAAAAAGAAGAAGGAAAAGUUCUGCUACCAAGGGCAAGAAUAAGGCAACUAGGCGACGUAGGUCCAAAAGUAAAGCGAGGGCUUAG